AAGAAAAGUUUUUGUGUCACUUUCACUCACACACUGUGACACGGAUGCAUGACACGCUAACAUGCUCACACAACAGUGCUCCACCAGUAGAUUAAAAUCUGCACUGAUGCCGGUCUGUUCAGAAGAGCAAGGCACUUGUGGCAUGACGACGACUAACAAAGGAAAUAAAGCCUUGAAGGUGAAGCGUGAGCCGGGGGAGAAUGGCACCAGCCUCACGGACGACGAGCUGGUGACCAUGUCCGUGCGGGAGCUGAACCAGCACCUCAGAGGGCUCACCAAAGAAGAGAUCCUGCAACUUAAACAACGGCGGCGCACCCUGAAGAACCGGGGCUACGCCGCCAGCUGCCGGGUGAAACGAGUCACCCAGAAGGAGGAGCUGGAGAAGCAGAAGACCCAGCUGCAGCAGGAGGUGGACAAACUGGCCAAUGAGAAUGCUUCCAUGCGUAUCGAGCUGGACGCUCUGAGGUCUAAGUACGAGGCGUUACAGACCUUCGCCAGGACUGUGGCACGGAGCCCCGCCGUCGGGGUCGGGGUGAGGGCCGGAGGGGGGGGGGGAGGGGGGGGGAUGGCCUCAUCAGUCAUUGGUCCACUCAUACCAGGGAAGAUGGCAACAGCCACCAGCGUGAUUACAAUAGUGAAGUCAAAAACAGAUGCACGGUCUUGAGGGAGGGGAAGAUAGAUGAGGGAGUGUCUGGAUGGAGUUCAGCUGCGACAGAGUCGUUCUUCUUCUCUGCUCGCCACCUAUCCUCCACCUGCACCAACCACAAACAGCUGGCCAAUCAGCAUGCUGCUGCCAGCCGUCUCACAUCUGUGCAGGUGGAGGAAAGGAUGGAAGCAGAGGGAGAUUAUUGAGACUAUAAAGAUGCAAGUCCUUGGUCAGCGCAUGAUCAUUUAGCACAGGACAGACACAGAUAACAGGGUUCCUACGGCCACUGAAAGCCUGAAGAAAAAAAAUCAAAGAUUAGUUUAAUUCCAGGCCAAGCAGAAGAAAAAAACAAAACAUCAACGCCCUAAACACUUUUGGACAAAUCAUGCAAUUUUGUUAAUUUGCUAUUUACAUCAGUCAAGUGUUAUCUAAGUGCAUAAUAAUCCCACCACACAUUUGCACGCUAGAUUUGAAGUCAUAUCUAUGAACAGAAUUUAGGCAGCAGGACAAAAUUUUGGUAUCAGAAGUGUCUGCAUUUGUAGUCUGAGCAUUAUUUACCAAUCACGGCUUUGGUUGACUGCAGGUAAACUGUCUGUGUAGAGAGGAAAGAGGCAGAAUGCAUUGGCCGAAGGCAGUCUAGGAACCCACUGACUCUAGUCUGACAAUGAUUUACUUUUAUAGUAGCUGCAAGCUAACUUAGUUGAACCGGCUAGUUGUUGAAGUUUAGCAACUCCAUUCUCAAGUUGCUAAUCUGACUGUAAACAAUGGCCGACACACGGCAGAGAAAGUCUUUGCCCAGAUAUCGGCUGGCUGCACCGCAACCACAGAAAUACCAACCUGGUCUCACAGAAAUCUGUGAAAUAGCCACGGAUUUCGCUUAACUCAAAAUCUGUGGAAUAGCCACGGAAUCACUCAAAUUUCCGUCAAACUGACACGGAUUUCGCUACAAUGCAAGUUAAUGACAGUCAUAUCCCGUGGCUAUUCCAUGGAUAUUUGUUCCUAUUGGUUUGUUCCAAGUCACGUGACUUUCAAGGUUCCGGCGGUCAGAACAAAAAACAUGGCGGACAGUUCUCUCACUUUUAGUGAAAAAAUCAAUAUUUUGACUUUGUUUCUGCAUAAAAAUGGAUUUUGAUCACAUUUCUAGCGAGAAAUAUAUGUUUUAUUUUCUAAAUAUUCACUCAGUGAAUGUACAUAAUCACUUUGUGGUGAAGAUCUCGCCAGAAAAAUAUGACUGUCAUUAACUUGCAUUGCAGCGAAAUCCGUGUCAGUUUCACGGAAAUUUGAGCGAUUCCGUGGCUAUUCCACGGAUUUUGAGUUAAGCGAAAUCUGUGGCUAUUUCACGGAUUUCUGUGAGACCAGGUUGGAAAUAUCUGUCUCCUUGUCCCCAGAUGCUAAAUCAUUGUGAGACCGAUAGCUGCUGGGUUCUGAGAUCGCAUUUUAAUUGAUUGUUUGCUUGAACCAAGUUGUAGAUCAUUUAAAUUCGUCGCACCAACAAAAACAUUACACAGGCUGACAUUAUUGUGUCAGCUAAAGAAAAGUCACUGGAUUAGAUUGACACAAAGAGCUCCCAGCAAAGAAAACUCCUGAUUUCAUGUGACCUGCUGGUUUCAGUGGCUGAAGAGAAGUCCCAUCAUCCUCCACCCAGGCCAAGAACUUUUUCAGAAAAGUACUAUAGAAAAUAUAUAUAUUACACAAUGGUGGUAACUGUAUUUCUACUGUUUUGUACUGUGUUGUCAUUCACAUGAGGUCCAAAGUGUAUUCUCUGUGUGUCAAUUGUUAUAUAUCAGGAAUUCUGUGAAAUUCUGUGGCGAGUGUUCGUUUUGGUAUUGCUAUAUUUAGUUAGCUGUAUUUUUUCUACGGUCUCUUCACUUUCUAUGUCCAACUCUCUUUCUCUUACCUAUACUUUCUCUGUCCUUCCAUUUUCCAAUUCAAGCUGGUUUCCAUCAUUACACACAGAACUUCCUGGAUCUAACAGAAAGAAGCGGGAUAUGGCAAUUUGUACUUACCAAAAAAAAAAACACAACAUACUAUAGAGAAAAGGAGAAAAGUUACCGAAAGUCACUGAUUUUAUCUCAGUUUGUAGGAAAUUUCAGGGAAAUGGUCGUUUGAACACCAGAGCUGAAUUAAGAUAAAUCGUCUUCUGUCUGUUUGAGCUUCUGUCUCAAAAGUACAUCAAGAAAAUUGGAAGGGCAAGUGCCUUGGUCUCCUAAUGAUACGCAUCAAGAAGAGGAUAUGAGGAAUUGUUAAAGGACGGUGGAGAUUCAAUGCAGGUGUUUGCUUAAACCUGUGCUUAAUGUGAAACUCUGACCAAUCAGGAAUCAGGUCGUGGCAGCAUUUAACUCGUUGUGUGUGAGCUGUGUAGUAGCAGGAUUAAUAAUAAUAAUAAUAAUAAUAACACCCAUUUAUGUGACUUGGCAGUUCAUUCACUUCAAGAAAGAAACACAAAUGUCAGUAAAACAAUUUUCUUGCACAGAACACGCUUUUUGGAAAGGUGGUGUUCUGUUUUAUGUUAAUGACUUGGUUUGCAUGGAUUUGAUUGGCUCCUGACUCAGAAAUCUAGGUUAUUACACCUACAGCCUCAAAUCAAAGUGGUUUCAUCCUUUUCUGCUUUCAACCACAAUGCUCUCUUUGCAAGUGUGAUUAGUAAGAUUAAAGCCAGCCAGCAAAGGACAGCAAAGAUAUUUCUCUGAAUUUCCAGUCACACAAAUGGGAUGUCAUUUCACAAACCAUAAAGUAGUCUUAUACGUGGUGUUCUAUACUCCAAGAAUCGUUGUCUAUGUACGGUAGAGUCUGGAAUUUUAUAAAGACAAUUAUCUUUGCAUUGUUUGUAACGACCUGUAAAAAAAAAAAAAGAAAAAAAAAGGUAUAACAAAGUCUGUUUGAUAUACAGUAUCUCUCUAUUUUGCAAUUGUACCAAAAGUGGCUUAACUACUGAAUAGCUUUGUUUUUUCUCUAGUGACUAGGCACGUGUGUGUAACCGUGAACUAGCGUGUGGUGUGCUGUGUAGGUAUGUGACGAGGUAUAACUAUAACGUUCACUAUUUCGUGGAUAUGACUUUGAUCCUUGUUUGAUUUCAGGCCGAAGCGGGUGAUGACACUGUGGGUAACUGCACUCUUUCUCUAAUCAUAAGAUCUUUGUCCUCCCGGGCCCCCAUCAUUCAGCUCCAGCACUGUUAGAUCGUGGGUUUAUCUGCUCCUAAUCUGCAUUCAUGAUUUGUACAUUUUAAUUUCACUCCGGCAGACCCAUUUUCCCGUAUUUCUGAACAGGUCUCUGUGGCUUUUUACUCUGGUCCUUGCAGCGGUGAAAGCUCGUGAUUUGCAGAUAGAAAUGGCCGAUAAAUGAGGAAGUGUUCUGGUUAACCUCACCAGCUUCAAGGUAUUGUGUAUUCAGGUCAUCUGGCAAAGUAACAGAGAUGUGAAACUCACCCCUACCCCCUCGAUAAGUUAUUUUUGUAGUGUGUGAUCAAAAAAAAAUAUUUGUUUUUGCUGUGUACAUUUUAUAUAGUUCUGUAUAUAUAAUGUUCCUGUUUUGUUUGUUUUUGGAAUUGUUCUGUAAGUGUCAGGGAAGUGAAGCAAAUUUGUUAAUGUAUUUGGUGUUUUAUGAAGUGAAAAAAAUGUAUUCUGCUAUUUAAUGGUUUGUCUGUCAAAGAGUUAGGUUUACUUCACAAAGUACAAUUGCCUCAAAUUGUUUUUUUUUGUUGUUUUUUUUUAACUAAUGAACCUGAUUUAAAUAAUUUAAUGAAAUAGAAGCAAUUACAUUAUUUGAAAAAAAAAGGACAUACAUGCAGCCUUUCACCUGAACCGCUACUUUUCCACUGUGAAGAAAACGGGGUAACUACUGCUGUGCAGUUAUUAAGAUGAGCAAGGUGUGUCUCUAUCUGUCUCCGAUAAUAAUAUGAAAUCAAACAGGUGAACAAUGAGCAAAUGCAUUGGAAGGGAAAUGGCUUUUAGAUUUAAAAAUAUUAAUUAUUACAUUCAGUCGACCAUGAAAUCAGAGAGCUACAAAUGUCAUAAAAGAAAAAAAAAGAAAUCAGAUUUUUUUUUUUAAAUGUGUUAUCACAGGAAUAUACUCCAUGGUAUUCAGCUACAGGCAAAUAUAGCUAUCACAUCCAGUAUAUUAAUGUAUGUACUCUGUAUUAUUGUUUUUAAUGUGACCUGUUUUGUAUGGUCACAAUUUCUACUUUAUUUUUACUGUUUUUUUUCCACGUUUCUUUCCAUUUGCUCGUUGAAUGAUGUGUUUUUGCUGGCAGGUCCUGUGUGGUGUGUGUGAAGUCAUGGUGGUUAAAAAUAGGAAGAAACACGACUAAGGUCUAUUCGGUUGUGUCAAGUCGAAGCAAAAAUAUGAAACUUUGUGUCGUGCUGUAUGUUUCCACCCAGUCUGUAUUUCUCUGCUGCUCUUGUUUAAAAAAGGAUGCAUACUGUUUAAGCAUACACGGUGGCUGCUGUUCAAUAGACAUCUUUAAUUAUGCAAAGUGUGUAGAGCAAAAUUAGACCUCCUGCCGCACUGUAGCAGUGAUGCUUUCCGUAGUCGUCGUGUCAAGUUGUCUGUUUUAUAAUUGCAGGUACUCGUGUGAUGUGACAAGGUUAAAGAGCUUAUAUACAGAGUGUUUAGCAAUUUAUUCUUGGUUUAAAAAUGUCACAACCAGUUUGUCUCUGUUGAAAUUUGACUUACGUGUUAAUUAACUGUGAAAACAUAACAUCAUUUAAAGGUUUGAUCCAUUUCCAAUUGAGACAAAGGCAAAAAUAAUAUACUGUAGCUGUAUGAAGGCCUGCAGUCAGACUGAUAGAAUCAUUACGUUUGUCUUCCACACUUGAAUAUCUUGUUAUUGUUGUAUUUUUUUCAGUGUUUCAAGCCGUGUGUCGGGUCAGGGUGUUUAAAGUUUAACCCUAUAAAGCCAAGUGUAUCAUAUUUGAUACAUAUGUUUUUGAGACCUCUACAUCAUCAGUGUGAUAUUUUUUUUCCUGAAAAACCUGAUGAAUACAUGAAUUGAUGAUUAAAAAAAACUGAGCAACAAAUUUCACAAAAAUACCAGAUGUAACAAAAAUGAUUUGCUGGUUCCACUGGUGGAUCUGUCAUUGCUGCGUGAAAACUUCAUAUCAGCAGAUGUAUGAUGUUG